GGCAGUGCUGAGUAUUUUCCCCAUAUAAGAGGAAUAAAGAAGUCACCCUCCUCGCUGUUAUAUUCCAACGAAUCGAACAAGAAUAUUUUGAACACCACAGAAAAGACAGUUUGUCAAACUUUUGAUGAUGAUCAGCCAUGUGAUUUUUUCAAGAAAAGGAGUAGGGUGACUGAAUCUCAUCAGAAAAUCAGCAGUAUGAAUGCUGGCCCAUCUUGGAAUAAAGUACAACAUUCAAAGGAUUCUUCAGGAAAAAGACAUAAUAAAUCCCAAGUACCUUACCUGUCUUCUGGGCUGAGAAGCAGCCUCGUGGGAAUCUCUCAGCCAGCUGCAGAGAAACUUAAAGAAGGCUUUCUUCCAGAAGGGAAUCCGGAAGGGCGUUUACUCAGCCCCAGGUGCCAGGGGGCCUCAGGGAGCAAACUGUUUCUUGACUUCCAGUCCAUGAAAAUUAUUAAGGACGGUGCUGACGAGGACAGUGCGAGUGAUCUGUCGGACUCUGAGCGGAUCCCCAUUCCUCCUUCUCCCCUCACACCACCAGAUCUCAAUCUGAGAGCUGAAGAAAUCGAUCCAGUUUGCUUCGAUCUUCACCCAAGUCAGAGCCAUGCCAAACCCGAAUACUCUUACCCCGAUUUCCUGCCACCCCCUUUUAGCUCCUGGGACCUCCGAGAGAUGGCUGUGCUUCUGAACACAGACUACAGGACCGAGGCCGUGCCCCGAGCCGGGGGCUCCCUUGGGAAAUUCAUCGACAGACUCCUUCAGCUUGAGUGGCUGCAGCUCCAGACCGUGCAAGGUGAAAAGGCAAAGGGGUCCAAGGCCCGACCUCCAGCUGCCCAGGGGGCUCCCGGGGCUCUGAAAAGUCCUGGGAGAAGUAAACUGAUUGCUGGUGGUCUGUCCAAGCCUCUGCCUUACCUGGAAGGGGCUUCAAAAUCAGGCCCUGCCCGAAAGAAAGCUUUUCACCGUGAAGAAACACAUCCAUCCUAUUACACCCUUGAGAUUUCCCCCAGACCCACUGAGGUGCCAGGCAGUGCCAAGCUACAUCCCCUCGAGCAAACCCCUGAAAUGAGGACUGAAGAGAAGAAAAAAAAAUCCAGUAAAAGCACCAAGCUGCAGCCCAGGGAUUUGUCCUGCAGCGACAGCUGCCCCAAACUGGAAGCCAGCGGGAACAUCCGAGUUCCCAAACAGCCAGCAAUGAUUCUGGACUCUUCCAGAACACAGGCGCAUGCGAAUCUUAAGAAAAAGGGGACUGCAAACAACUGUGCUCAUACAACAAUAUCCAGUGAGAAGAAACUCAGAACAAAUGGAGCAAAGCAAAACUCCUGUAAAUUAAAAUGAUAUCUGAUGAUGAAUUGUGAAGACCAGCAGAUACCUAAAUACUGGAGCUCUCCUAGAAGCUACAAUGCUGUGAGUGUUAAGAUGUUCGACGAGUGGUGUUGAAGUAGUUGUUUGGCCCUUUCAUCCACUCCCCACCUCUACCUCCAGGAGAGGUAUUUUCAGAGUCCAGUGUCUUCACCAUUAUGCCAUGAUAGUUAUGUCCAAGGUGAGGUGUCUUUCAGUGGGCCUUUGUUUUGACAGUCUUAAGCAUUUGAGAGCCCAUUAGGUAAAAAUUAACCAAAGUUAUGUGCCGUGUAAAGGACUAAAACACCAGUACUCCAGGGGCAGAGUCAAGGAAACUUCUGGAAUGGCAGCCAGUCCAUAUAAAACUGGUAGUUUAGCUCCCCAUUUUCACUUGCACAUAAGUCUGUGAAACAGUGCAUGCUGUUUUAAAUGAUGCGAAAUCCUAGCAUUUCAAAUUAGGGCCUUCUGGCCACUGUGUCUUCUGCUUUUGCAAGCAGAUUUCUGUUCAUUUGACUCCCAAGGAGAAGUGUCAGUUCUUCGCAGAGUUAGGGAGUAUGUGAGUUUCUAUUCUGUGCGGUCCUUUAAAGCUGAGCUGCUUACUCAGUAGAAACAAUGGCGUAAAGAAUUUUAUACUUCUCUCUCUCUCUCUCUCUCUCUCUCUCUUUAAAAGAUGCUUUAAAUGCAGAGGUGAUCGUGGAGUCCACUUCUGAGUUCUCUAAACUGAGGUUAAGGUAAUUGGCAGUGUGGAUAUUGCUGUUUGGCAGGGCAAGAAUGAACUAUGUGGCACCCUAAAAUUUCUGGGAUGUAAAAUUUCUCCAAAGAGGAAGCAUAGCAAACAACCUUUUAGAAGUUGUGAAUGAAGCUAAAAACACAUGGAAAGUAGUUGAAUGUAACACUUGUUUAGUUAUUGCCUUGGGAUCCAGAUCCUCUUGUCCAUAGUCAGAAAUAAGGAUCUGUUUCAGUUUGGAAAACCAGGGUUAUAUUGUCUGUGGGGCCCAAGGGCAGGAGAGGACACAGCUCCAGGUCGAGGGCAGUGGGUCGUGGAUGAAGUUGCGGGCUAUGCUGUGAACGUCCGUAUCUUCUCUGUGGCUUCCUGUUCCUUAGGGGCAUCUUCUUCACUGCCAUCCACUUGUUCCUAUAGCUGUGCCGUGAGCGCUCUGUCUAUGGUUAUCUUCAAAACCUUUGGUUGACUACUUCUUGUUAGUUUGUUUUCCUGGCUGUAGUUGAUCCCUUUAAUUAGUUACUUUGGGUUUUUGUUGUUUUUGACACCCAUGUUCCUAUCUUUUCACCUUUGGUGUAAAUGAAAAGCUUGGCAGGUUGCAUUUGAAAGUAUAUUAUCAAGGGCCGGGGAUUUAGCUCAGUUCGAUCCCAGUACCAAAAAAAAAAA